AUGGGUGGCUUCCAGGUGCUGUGGUGUCUUCAGCUGAUGCUCUCAAAUUGGACUAUGGCUGCGACUAUCUCAAACUCCUUCUUCUACCAAAAAUACCUCCAUACCAACAGCAACCAAGACAGUCAAUACAAUCGUGUGAACCUCCACGUGGAAUCUCCUUCCUCUGUGUUUGCACUCCGAGGAGAAAAUGCCACCCUGCCAUGUAGGUUUUGGUACGAGCCAGAGUUGAACUCUCCCAGGAAGGUCCGAAUUAAGUGGUCCUGGGUUUCUGUCGCUGGGGGGCCUCAGACGGAUGUGCUGGUAGCUGCAGGGUCCCGUCGACGAACAUUUGGAGAAUUCAGAGGACGUGUGCAGCUCAGGCAGAACUUUCCAGAAGAUGCUGCACUUGUGAUGACUCAACUCCAACUGAACAAUACAGGCCGCUAUGUCUGUGAAGUGGUGGACGGACUGGAGGACAAGAGAACGACAGUGGACCUUGAGUUGAGAGGUGUGGUGUUUCCAUACCAGCAUCCUCUAGGCCGUUAUUACCUGACCUUCCUGGAAGCUAAGCAGGCGUGUGAGCAGCAGGACGCCACGGUGGCCACAUUCCCUCAGCUCUACCAGGCCUGGGAGGAAGGUCUGAACUGGUGCAACGCAGGCUGGCUGGCCGACGGGACAGUCCAGUACCCCAUAACUCAGCCCAGAGCAACUUGCGGCGGUCCUGGACUUGCCCCAGGCAUCCGGAGUUACGGCAAGCGCCUGUCGCAACCUCAUCGCUAUGAUGCCUUCUGCUUUUCCUCCUUGUUGCGAGGGAAAGUGUACUAUUUUCAGCCUUCUGGCAAGAUGAACCUGACAGAGGCUCGGCAGGCCUGUGAGGACGAUGAAGCACAGAUCGCCAAAGUCGGCCAGCUGUACGCUGCAUGGAAACUGACGGGCUUGGAUCACUGCAAUGCCGGCUGGUUGGCCGAUGGAAGUGUUCGAUAUCCCAUCGCAAGGCCACGAAGAAACUGCAGUUCUUCGGAGCCGGGAGUACGCAGCUUUGGCUUCCCCCCUUUCCAGGACAAGCAUGGAGUCUAUUGCUACAAGGCACAGGAGUAA